AAGCCACCCACCUGACCGCGCCAAGCGGCAGUGCUCCAAUUCGUUGGAUGCGGAUGGAUGGAUGCGGCGCUGGUGGUGGACAAUGGGAGCAGCUUCCUGAAGGCGGGCCUCGCCGGCGAAGAUGUGCCAAGGGUGGUCUUCCCCUGCAUGCUCAGCCGCACCGGGCCGGGGGAGCCCGUUCUUUGUGGCACCGAGGCCCAGAAGCGAGGUCUCUCGCUGAAGCAGCCCAUUUGCAGAGGUGUGGUCACGAACUGGGACGACAUGGAACGGAUCUGGCGGCACUGCUUUCUGAAUCAGCUGAAGAUGGCGCCGGAGGAGCACCCGGUGCUACUCACUGAGGUGCCUUUGAACCCGAAGGCACACCGGGAGCGCCUCACCCAGAUGAUGUUCGAUACUUUCAACGCCCCCGCGUGCUACGUGACCACGGGGGCGGUGCUGUCCCUGUACACCUCAGGCCGCAAUACGGGGGUGGUGGUGGACUGCGGGGAUCAGGUGAUGCACGGGGUGCCCAUCUACGAGGGCACGACUUUGCCCCAUGCCAUCACGCGGGCAGACUUCGGGGGCAAAGACCUCACGGACUACCUGGCCAGCCUCCUGGCGCAGCUGGGCAUCGCCUUCUUCGCCACGGAGCUGAACGUGGUGCGGGACAUCAAGGAGAAGAUCUGCUACGUGGCGGAGGACUUCCCGCGCGCGCGGCUGGAGACGGUGCGCAGGCCCUUUGAGCUGCCGGACGGGGGCAUCGUGACGCUGGAGCAGGAGCGCGUGAAGUGCCCCGAGGCGCUCUUCCAGCCGUCCUUGCUGGGGAAAGACUCGGCGGGCCUUACCGAUUUGGCCUGGCAGUGCAUCAAGCGCUGCAACGUGGACAUCCGCAGGGAGCUCUACGGCAACGUGGUGCUGGCGGGGGGCGGCAGCUUGUUCCCGGGCCUCGAGCGGCGCCUGCAGAUGGAGCUGGCCAGCCUGGCGCCUCCCAGCACGGAGGUCAAGGUUCUGUGCCCGCCUGAGCGGAAGUACAGCGCCUGGAUCGGGGGCUCGAUCCUGACCUCCCUCAGCACCUUCCAGCAGAUGUGGAUCUCGCGGGCCGAGUACGACGAAAGUGGGCCCUCCAUUGUGCACCGCAAGUGCUUGUGAGCGAAAAAGAGAAGCAUGCUCGAAAUGGGCUGCUGGUUCUCAGUAGGAAGUUAACCCAGAGAUCCUUAAAAAGGACCCACAAGGGGUUUGGCAUAGGGGCCAAAAAGAAAGGAGCGCAACAAAGCCGGGAAAAG